AUGUGGUAUUUAACAUCGGAAAAUGAUGAUAGAGUUAUUUAUAUUAUUUCUCAAGCUGAACCAGUUAUAAUAGGACGUAGUAUUGAUAAUCAAGUGUGUCACUUUGCGAUUCCUGAUGAUCCUUCCAUUAGCAGAAAACAUGCAUCUUUAUCUGUAAGAAAUAACACCGUAAUUUUACAAGACUUGGGCUCCAGAUAUGGGACAUUUGUCAAUGAUUCUGUAGAUAAAGCUGAAGUUAACGUCGCUAUACAGUUGAAGGAGAAGGAUAUAAUUAAGUUUGGCAAGAUGAAUAGUGUAUGGAAAGUUAAUAAUUUAAAUUUAAAUACAUGUACAUCGACCUUAAAAGGAGAGAAUCUCCAAAAACUAAAACUGACAUUAUCAAAAUUAGGAGUACUGUUAAAGAAUGAAUGGGAUGAUUCCUGUUAUUAUUUAACUAUGCCUGUGAUCACUUUAACAAUUAAAGUUGUGUUAGCUUUAGUGCAAGGGUCCCAUAUUGUUACCACAGACUUUUGGGAAAAUUUACUUGAAAGCGUCAAUAAAUUCUCUGCUAUACCUGAUCCCCAGAAAUUUAUACCUGCUGUAAUAGAGUCUACUCUCAACAAAGAGGUUGUUUCAUUUUCACCAGAUGUACAACGAAAAUCUAUAUUUAAAGACAAAAAGUUCAUUUUUUUUUCAAGACGACAAUAUGAUAUGUAUAAGCCAGUUUUGUGUAGGAGUGGAGCAUCACCAUUACUUUUAGCUGAAUGUAAGAUGACUGUGUCAAUGCUGUGCGAAGAAAACAUUGUUGUAAUACAGUUUAUAGCAAGUGCAGCUACUCAAGAAACUGCAGCUCAGAGAAAUCAAAUAAAUGAAAUUGUUAUACAGUUAAAAAAUAGAGGCAAAAGAGUGAUAGCUGAUGCAGAGAUUGGUUUGGCAAUAUUGUAUUGCUCUACUGAAAAGUACUGUAAUCCAAGUUUCAGUUUUACUUCAGAAAUGGUGAAACAAAACCCUGGAGUAUUAUCGAAGACAUCAAAAGUAUUGGCAUUAGAGUCUCAAGAGCCCACGGUGGAUAUUAAGCAUGAGAAAGAGAAUUUAAAGAUAAAUGAAACAUAUGCUUCUGAUGAUAAAAACAAUUUGGAUACAAAUGAGAAACUUGCUACUAAAAGGAAACUGAGUGAGUUCACGGGUGAUGUUCAAGUAAAUCCCAAUAAAAAAGUUGCUACUUCUUGUUACGUAGCUAAUAUACCAAAUGAAACUACUAAAAGAAGACUCUCUGGAGAUACAUCACCAGUUAAUGCUAAAAGAAUGGCUCUAGAAAAUGAGAACAAUGAUCAAGGAUCAUCAAAUUCAUCAGAAGAUAUUCUUAUGGAUAAGGAUAAGUCUAAUGAUAUGUUUAAUUUUAUAAAUCCAGUUACUAAUAAUAGCGAAGGUGAAAAUAAAUCAAAAAAACUUAACUUAUCAAGACCUCAAAAGAGAAAAUUAGGUGCUUCUAAUGAAAGUGGAGAUUUAUUUAACUUUCUUCAAACAGAUGAUGAUAAGAGAAAUGAUGCUGAGUCAUCUAAACAGAGCAUUUUUACCUGUAAUAAGAUUAAAAAAGGGGAUAUUACGCAGGCAUCCAAUGUUAAAAGUAUUGUAGCUGUCACAUCAGAAGAUAUAUCAGCUAUGAGAGGAAUUAAGCUUAAAGAGUUGAUGAAAAGUCAUUCAACCAAUACAUCAACUGUACAGGAACAUAGUGUGAAGGCAGAGAAAAGUGAAGAUCUUGAAGAAAAGAUGAGUAAUCUUGAUUUAGGCAACACUGUUGUUAUAAUCUGUUCUAAUUUAAUUGUCAAAAAAGAACCAAUUAAAAUUGAGUCAACAAAUGAAACAAUAUCAGUAAAGAAUUUCAAGAAGUUCAAGAAAGUAUGGCCAUUAAGGAAACAGCAGAUAUCAAUUGCACCUACAAUCAGCAUUGGUGAUUUGACAGAUUCAAACUCAUAUUCUGUUGCAUUCUAG